UAAAGAGAGAGAGAGAGAGGCAGUGUUAGAGAGAGGAAGAGUAGCUGGUCUGUGUAAUAAGACAUAUAACCCAGGUUAGAACAGGUUAAGCCAGUGGAGCCACACCAGAUCAGACCAGGGCCCCAACCAAGCUAGACCCCUCCAGCUCAAACCUUCCACUAUCACACAGACUGCAGCAACAGCAGCCAUGCAUGCCUUCCUCUCUCUCCUCUUCUCCAUGCAUGCCUUGUUCUCUCUCCUCUUCUCCCUUUCCCUCUCCCUCGUCGAGGCGGAUGUGGUUGCUCAAUUCCAGGACGUUCCGGAGUGUCUGGAGUACUUCUACCAGGGGAAGGUUCCGGAGUGGGGCGCCACCACGCCCGGUGCUGCCCGCCUAUGUCAACGCUUUGCCAACCGGUACCACUUUGCCACGCUGUACGACACCGCCCAACGCAUCGCUGUGUACUCAGCCUACCGCUUCCAGCCCAGCAAUGGCGGAGGCCGGGAGAAGCGCUGGUUUGUGGAGCCCCAGCUUGUGAACAGUUCUUGGGCAGCUGAGAUGAAAGAUGGUUACUGGCUGGGCAAGGACAAUCCUGACAUCUUCCUGGGUGAGAGGCAGGCCUUGAAUGAGGACUACACACACUCUGGUUUUGACCGCGGGCACCUGAACCCCAAUGGACACCAUGCUGUCCCAGGUCGUAACGCCACUUUCACUCUGACCAACGUGGUUCCGCAGAACCCCAAAUUCAACCAGGAUGCGUGGAGAAUCCACGAGUUGGACCUCACCGACAUUUUCCGGACCCAGUGCUCCGAGGCGUACGUCCUGGUGGGUGCCGUUCCCUCCACCGACAACUGGAUUAUCAAGAACAACGUAAGGAGAGUCAACAUUCCCGACUACAUGUGGAACGCCUAUUGCUGCGUGGACGCGAACGGGAGGCCCGUUCUCAGUGGAGCCGCCACUGCUCGUAACACCGAGCAGAACAGGGUCGACCAGCACUCUCUGACCGAGCUCAGCGCUUUCCUGCAGCAGUUCGAUAUCUCGCCAGUCGGGCAACUGUUCCAUAACCACUGCCAGGCAUGAAACGUGGGGCGUAGUUCCUUUAGCCGACAUUAAACAUGAGCUUGCAGAUUGGUCUGGUUUCCAUGCUAUAGAUCCGUAGGCAAAAGGUUAACAUUAGGAAUACUGUCUGAAUAAAUCAUCUCAAAUCUGGGGCUACUAGGGAAUAUUUUCAUGAAUUUAUUUUCAAAUUUCCAUUUCAGGUGAUGCAGUUCAAAUAACUGGUCCGUGCAGGUGUG